AUGGAUUCAAAAAUACCAAAAGAAAUGAACUUCAGCGGCAAUAUUGAAGCAAAUUGGAAAAGCUGGAAACAACGACUGUCAUUAUACCUACUAGCAAGUAAUAAAAACACGUGUUCGGACGAAACAAAAACGGCGAUAUUACUCACGUUACUUGGAGAAGAAGGCAUCAAUAUUUAUAAUACAUUUACUGAAAAACAAAUCUAUGACGAGAAGAAAGUCCCAAUAUUUCAAAAAGUAAUUGCGGCAUUCGAUGAGUACUGCCUAGGAAAAAAAAAUAUUGUAUUUGAAAGAUUUAAUUUUCUUAAAUACAAACGCCAACACGGACAAUCACUAGAAAACUUCAUCACACAAUUAAAAUUAUUAGCAGCAUCGUGUGAAUAUGGGCAACUCACAGACUCUAUCAUAAGAGAUCAAAUUAUUAUUAAUACUUCAGAUGUAGUACUCCAAGAACAGUUAAUCAAUAAGUCUGAUUUAUCAUUAGAAAAAACUAUAGAAAUCCUUAAACAAUCGGAAAAUGUCAAACAUCAAAUUGAAAUAAUAAACAAAGGGGAAAAAGAAGAGUCAGAAUAUCCCCAUGUCGAUGCAAUAAAAAGAAAAAACAAAUAUAAUACAAAUAAAAAUAAAGUUACACAAGCAAACUUCCAGUGCAGCAGAUGCGGCACACAACAUCCAGCAAGAAGCUGUCCGGCCUUUGGGAAACAGUGCAAGAAGUGUGCUAAACCCAACCAUUUCGCAAAUGUAUGCCGAUCGAACAAAAUGGUUCAAGAAAUAGCAGAUGAAGAAUGUGCAGAUGAAGAAUGUGCAGCGAUCAACAGCUUGUUUGGAGUCAGCGAAAUCAUUGUGCCCCAGACACAUAGCAUUCAACAACCAUGGUUCGAGGAGAUUAAGGUAGAAAAUAACUAUAUUAGAUUUAAGCUAGACACCGGUUCUCAAGUUAAUUUAAUACCUCUGAAUGUAUAUAAAACACUUAAUAUAAAUAAAUCCUGGAAUAGUACAACUAUUAAACUUGAGGCUUAUGGUGGAUAUAAAUUCAUGCCGUUAGGCUCAAUAAGAUUAAAGUGUGUAGUUAAUAAUAUUAUGGCAUGGGUGACAUUCUUAAUAAUAAAUAAUAGUACCAUACCUAUACUGAGUCUAGAGGCAUGUGAGAAAUUUAAUCUAAUCAAAAGACACGAAAAGUGUAUCAGCAUGAUCACACAGUGCACUAGCCAAAAAGACAACUUUUUGAUAGAUAAUAGUAGUAUUUUUAAAGGGAUGGGAACAUUCCCGGGCGAACAUACAAUUAAAAUAAACCCCAAUAGUCAAGGAUCUAUCAAACCUGCGAGAAGAUUACCUCAAACAUUAUAUAAAGAUGUACAGGUAGAACUUAAUAAAUUACUAAAGCAUAAAAUUAUAUCUAAAGUUGAGGAACCCAAAGAGUGGGCUAGCAACCUCGUGAUAAUAAGAAAACCAGAUAAAAAAUUGAGACUUUGCAUAGAUCCAUCAGAACUUAAUAAGUCAUUAAAACGAGAUAACUAUUUGAUUCCAACAUUUGAAGAAAUCCGCUCUAAACUAAUAAAUAAAAAAAUAUUCACAGUGUUAGACAUUAAAAAGGGAUUUUGGCAUGUGAAACUUGAUAGUAAAUCAUCAGACCUAUGUACAUUCAGUACACCGUUUGGCUAUUUCAAAUUCAACAGACUUCCUUUUGGAAUUGCAACAGCCCCCGAAAUAUUUAUAAAGUUAAAUCAAAAAUAUUUUGGGGAUAUAGAUGAUGAAAACAUCAUAAUUUACUUUGACGAUAUAUUAAUUGCCACUACAGACAAAACAUCUCAUGACAGAGUAUUAAAAAAACUAGUAGAUAGGGCUAAAGCGCUAAACAUUAAAUUUAACAAAGAUAAAUUACAAUUCAAAAAAACAGAAAUAAAAUAUGUUGGCCAUAUUUUCAAUGAACAAGGAGUUUCUCCUGAUCCAGACCAAAUAAAAGCUAUAGUGAGCCUUAAGGAACCUACAUCGAGAGUAGAAUUACAAAGAUUAAUAGGCAUGUUCAACUACCUUAGAGAAUUCAUACCAAAUAUGUCCAAAAUUAUCAGUCCUCUCAGAGAGUUACUAAAAAAAGACACAAUAUGGGUAUGGGAAAAGAGACAUCACUUAGCUCUAAAAGAAUUAAAGGAACUUGUAACAACAUCACCAAUACUAACACACUUUAAUCCAGAUAAAGAAAUAACCAUUCAAUGUGAUGCUUCAAAGGACGGGUUGGGAUGUUGUCUUCUCCAGGACAAAAAACCCAUAGCUUUUGCUUCACGUAGCAUGUCAGAAACCGAAAUAUCGUAUGCACAAAUCGAGAAAGAAUUUCUUAGCUUAAUAUUUGCAUGUAGGAAAUUUCAUUACUAUAUCUUUGGUCGCACAAUAAAUGCACUAACUGAUCAUAAGCCUUUAGUGUCAAUCAUGCAAAAGGAUGUAAUAAAAAUACCAUCAAAUCGCUUACAGAAAAUGAGACUAAAACUAUUAGAGUAUGACAUUAGAUUAAAAUACCUGCCAGGAAAAAAAAUGCAUAUAGCAGAUCUAUUAUCUAGAGACUACAUGCAAGAGACCUUUACAGAGGAAUUUGAUACUGGGGCUACGGUGCAUUGUAUAAAUAGAUUUUACAACAAUAAUCUUCUAAAUAUUAAAACAGAAUCUGAAUUAGACCCAGUUCUUAAUAAGAUAAUCGAGUACUAUUACCAAGGUUGGCCAAAUAGGAAACACAUAGAUAAAUCAGUGCAGCUAUACUAUAACUUAAGAAACGAAAUAAUUAUUGAAAAUGGUAUAAUAUAUGUCGCAGAUAAAAUAGUGAUUCCUACUAAGCUAAGGCCCCUCAUACUUAAACUGCUACAUGAAAGCCAUUUAGGAUUAAAUAAAACAAAAUUAAGAGCAAAACAAAUUAUUUAUUGGCCGGGGAUGUUUAAUGAAAUUGAACAAUUUAUAAAUAAUUGCAACACUUGCAAUAAAUUUCAAAAUUCAAAUAAAAAAAGCCCUCUAAUUCCUCAUGAAGUUCCAAAUUACCCGUAUGAAAAGGUAGGAGCAGAUAUUCUAUCCUUUGAGGGUACAGACUAUUUAGUUAUUGUUGACUAUUACUCAAAAUGGUUUGAUUUAAUUAAAUUAAAAUACAAGACUGCUAGUGAAAUAAUUAAAAAAAGUAAACAAAUAUUUAGUACACAUGGUAUACCAAAAACCUUCAUAGCUGACAAUAUGCCGUUUAACUCAAGUGAAUUCAUAACUUUUUCUAAAACUUGGAAUUUCACAGUUGUUACAUCUAGUCCCCAUUACCCACAAAGCAAUGGCCUAGCUGAAAGGACAGUACAAACUAGUAAAAAAUUACUUAAAAAAGCCCUAGAAGAAGGAUGUGAUGUAGAGGCAAUGCUUCUAGAAUAUAGAUGCACCCCAAUAAUCAGUCUGCAAGCAUCUCCAGCAGAACUAUUAUUCAGUAGGAUUUUAAGAACUAAAUUACCAAUAGCUAACAAAUUAUUAGAACCCAGACUCCAACAUAAAGUACAAACUAAACUAAAAGCAUUCCAGCAAAAAUACAAAUCCAAUUAUGACAAAACAGCUACCAAAAAAGAAACACAAUUUAAACCUAAUACAAAUAUAUUAAUACAAAAUAAUAAAGUGUGGUUACCGGGGAAGGUCAUAGCUAAGGCAAAUGCACCCAGAUCAUACCUUGUUGAAAACAAUAAUGGUACAAUUAUCAGAAGAAAUACUAAACACUUAAAAAAUACUAAAAUUAAUGUUACAGGAAACAGUAAGGAGGGAAACAUAGAGGGGAAAUCAAAAGUGAAAAAUAAGUCUAACAAAAGUGUCUUGGUGAAAGAACUAUCAACCAGACCCAUAAGAAAAAAAAAAGUACCUAACAGAUUUAAAAAUUUUGUAAUAUAA